GAUUAUCUUAUAUUAUUAUCUUCGGGACAGCCCAUGAUAUAGUUCUCUCACAAUUUACUUCAGUUCUCCAUUAUAUGGCAACGAUCUACGAAGUAGGAAUGACACGUCUAGAAUCUUAGGAAAACAUCUUGAUUGAAGAGAUAAUCAGUUGAUAAGUUGGCAAAUGUCUCACUAACGAACCGCUCCGAGCCAGCAUUGGCGAAUACCGAUUAGUUGUACGACGUGGACCCCGAGACCACACGGGAAAAUGGGAUGGAUACAUAACGCCCCGGACGAUACCCUCACCGUCGGACCUAAGAUAGUAGCUACUAUGGGUGCCAUGACGGCAGUGUCUUUUUGUUUCAUAUGUCUUCGAGGUUAUGUUCGGUGCCAGUUGGUACACUCAUUAGGGAUAGACGAUUGGAUCAUCUUUGCUACAUGGCCUUUAACCUGCGCUUAUACAAUAGUUGCAUCAAUACAGACGACAUGGGGUUUGGGGAUGAUGAACCCCGAGGACAUCCCGGUACAAAACAUGUAUACAUACGGCCAUUUACAAUAUGCGGUCUCGCCCUUAUAUAUCUUUAGCGUCCUCGGAUUCAAGCUCAGCCUCAUAGUAUCAUACUUUCGAUUCGUUCCCCAGGGGAUCUAUCGUUGCGUGAUGAUUUUCGUCUUGGUCGGAUGCGUACUCUCCAAUCUAGUCUGUUUAAUAGUUCAGCUCGAUAUAUGCCACCCUAUCGCGAAGCAAUGGGAUAGUACUAUCACAGAUGGUAGAUGUUAUGACGUAGUCGCAUUCUCUGACGCUUCAUCGGCGAUAGCAAUUGUUGUUGACUUUGCCGUGAUGCUUCUCCCUUUCCCGGUUCUUAUCAAAACUAAGAUCGAGGGGCGGAAGAAAGCCAUGCUACUGGGCCUAUUCGCUCUAGGCUUCUUCGUUACGGCCAUCCAGAUCAUUCGCAUCCAAUACAUGAAAACCCUCGUCAAUCCUUUCGACUCCGGGAAGGUCAACCUAUGGUCGUCGAUAGAGAUAAACCUAGGCAUAAUGGUUGCCUGUGCGCCUAUGCUAUCGCCCCUAUUUAGACGAAGACCUAAGUCUAAUGGCAACACAGAGUCGUCAUCUCGAGGGACUUUUGAGCUAAAUAUCACAAAAAGAUCGCGCAGGAGCGCUAAGCAACGCAUCCCAUCCGAAGAUAAUUUGCUCCAUCCGACGAGAUAUACUUCUAAUCCCUCAAUGAACACGGGUAGCCGGGAACAUAUCACGCCAGCGGGAAAUGGGCAGAUAAUCAAGGAAACUGAUAUUGUGGUUAUCAACCAAGCUGCUCCAGCUCAUCUAGUAUAUGAUCAUACAGGGCUCGGAAGAAUCGGAACAAGGGACUUCAAAGUCUGGACGAGGAGGCCUAGAAUAGUUGCUCAAGGUGGCAUGACAAGUAAUUUUAGUCAAGUAUAGAUUCAUAUAGUCUAACAUUCUGUCAAGCUUACUGCUUGGAUUAAAUAGUGAUGACACAGAGAAGCUGAGGUUACAUUGGGGCCCUGGCCUAGACUUGAUUUUAGUAUCAAUCUGAACUAUCAAACUGGAAAUCUAUAUGCGGCAUCUCGAGAUCCGG